GACACCGCAGAGAAGGAGGAGGAGGAGGAGGAGACACACUAACAAGAAAACACACACAACCACAACCACACGCACACACGCAUCUAUAGGCACCGAGCGGAGCGUGCUGCUGAGGAGACCGACCGGAGGAGCGAGGCGCAGGGGGAGCGGAGCUGCAUCUUCCUGCACGUUGGCACCAGGACCAGUGAUGUGCAAAGCGUGCAGAGACUGAAGGCUCAUCGGAUUCUGAGAGGUCCUCCAUCCGCAGAGGGACGAGUUCUCAUACCAACCAGUGAGCGAUGAGGAACAAAGAGAAGAGGGGCCCGGCCAAUCAGAGAUGCAGACGGCCACAGGAGACAUGAGCACCACCCAGUCUGGCACCGGGACGUCGUCCACUUGCCAGUUUAUACCGAACAAAUCAAAUGUGACCCCGUACUUAAAGAAUUGAAAGAGUUUACCCACAGGCACAGCUACUGCCAAUGAAGUGAAACAUUCCAUUCCUGUGUUUCAUCCUAUAUAAACCCUCAGCGUCCAUCACAACAUCGGAGAAUUCAGGAGAACAUUUACGAUGCUGUGACCGGGCAGAAAAAGAAAAUCAACAUUCACUGAGAUCUAUUCCUCGUUCCCGUUCGAAUGGCGGCCGCCUGCAUGGAUACAUGUUAGAUGGCGAGCAGCUCCUCACGGAUAUCUCCAAUGGAUGUGGUGAUGAAAUCCCAGAUGGCCCAGAGGAUAGGACGGCAGAGGCCUCACGUGACCGGAGGCUCGUCGUCGGUGGUCCUGUCCGGAGCCAGCUCCUUCCUCUGCUGGCUCACCCUGCUCUCAGUGAUGCGGCUGCCGACGGUCACAGCCGACUGUUGGCUCAUCGAGGGGGAGAAGGGCUUUGUGUGGCUGGCGAUCUGCAGCAUGAACCAGCCGCCGUACGAGGCCAUCCCCUCCCACAUCAACAGCACCAUCGUGGAUCUGAGGCUGAACGAGAACAAGAUCCGGUCGGUCCACUACUCUUCGCUAAGUCGCUUCGGCAACCUCACCUACCUGAACCUCACCAAGAACGAUAUCAGCUACGUGGAGGACGGAGCGUUCUCAGCACAAUUCAACCUGCAGGUUCUCCAGAUGGGCUUUAACAAGCUGAGGAACUUGACAGAGGGGAUGCUCCGGGGCCUCGGCAAGCUGCAGUAUCUCUACCUGCAAGCCAACCUCAUCGAGACUGUUACACCCAACACUUUCUGGGAGUGUCCCAACAUAGAGAACAUAGAUCUCUCCAUGAACAGGAUUCAGGUGAUGGACAGCAGCUUGUUCUCUGGACUCUCGAAGCUGACGACCUGCGAACUUUACACCAACCCCUUCAACUGCUCCUGCGAGCUGCUGGGAUUCCUGCACUGGCUCGCCGCCUUCCCCAACCGGACCAGUGAGCGGAUGGUGUGCGACUCCCCCGUGGGCAUCUCCGGCUUCACCCUCCUGAGCCAGAACCCCCGCAUGCCUACCCAGCGCACCGCUCUGCACGUGCUCAGCACUGUGUGCACGGACGACGGGAGUAGCGUGACGCCUUUCUAUCCCCACAGCGCGUUCGAUUCCACGACCCCACCGCUGGAUCCUAACUCUCCCUGCGGUUUGGACGACUGCGCUUCCGGGACGCCCCCCGACGAGGUCAUCAACUUGACGUACCCCAUCUUUUCUGACACCAGUCCGCUCAUGGAGCUGAAGCAAGUGCUGCAUUCCAGUGCUGUGAUCACGGUUCAGAUCCCCCACCCGUACAGGAAGAUGUACAUCCUGGUGCUGUACAACAACAGCUUCUUCACAAAUAUCCAGACCCUGAAAUAUCAAAGGGAAGAUAUCGAGCUCAAGACCCCAAAACCUAACACCGACUACACAUACUGCGUGGCCUCCAUACGGAACUCUCUGCGCUUCAACCACACCUGUCUCACCAUCUCCACGGGCCGCCGGGAGGGGGCUGAGAGGCCGGCCAAUGAGUCGUCAGCCACUCACUACAUUAUGACUAUUUUGGGCUGCUUGUUUGUGAUGCUGCUCUGUCUCGGCGUCCUCGUCCACUGCCUGAGGAAGAGGAGAAUCAAUGAGGAGAAGGAGCGGAAGAUGAGCAGGAUUCAGAGGACGCUGAUAGAGCUCAAGUACGGCGGAGAAGCGGAUAUGGAGGGAGGGAACGGAGGAUCCGUUUCCCAGAAGAUCGCUGCCGGGGACAGCCUGUCCAGAAUGCCCUACCUGCCCCAGGGGGGUGAGAUAGAUCCCUACAAGCUGCAGGAGGUGAUAGAAACACCAGCGCACAAGCCUGCGAAACUCAACUACAUGGAGGUCCGAGGUUCCGGCAUCGAGAGGGAGCGAGAGCGAGAGAGAGAGAGGGAGAUGUCGCCGCAAGCAAAUCCCCAGGGCUCGGUCGCAGAGAUCUCCACCAUCGCUAAAGAAGUUGAUAAAGUGAACCAGAUCAUCAACAACUGUAUAGACGCUCUCAAAUCUGAGUCGACCUCCUUUCAGCAGGGGAUGAAGUCCCCUUCUUCUGCAGGUGGAGGAGCUGUUUCAACCGCAGAGCCGCAGCUGGUGCUUCUCUCUGAGCAAGGAGAGAGAGGAGAGAGAGGAGAAAGAGGAGAAAGAGGAGAAAGGGGAGAAAGGGGAGAAAGAGGCAGUGAGUUCCUCUCCCCCGUGUAUAAAGGUGGGAGAGGAGGAAGAGAAGAUAGGGGGAGAAGCUACCAUCAUUCUCUGCAGCGACACCACAGCAUGGAGGCUCCUCCGACCUCCAAGAGACCCAGCACCUCCUCGUCCCCUGGCUCCGCCCGCAGCCCUCGCUCCUACCGCUCAGAGGGAGGUUACCACUCCUCAGAGACCCGCUACAUCGAGAGGACCUCACCGGGAGACAGAGGAGAGAGGGGAGAGAGGGGAGAGAGGGGAGAGAGGGGAGAGAGGGGAGGCGGGGGAGGAGACUCCAUCCGCACAGUCAACCCGGCAGCAGCCAUCCUUCGAGCAGAAGCCCAGAGAAUCCGCCAGUACAAUGAACACCGCCACUCCUACCCCGGGUCCCAGCAGCACCUGCAGGAGCUGCAGCACCACCCUCAGAUUUUGCAGGAGCUUCACCAUCACCCCGGGGGCCGCAAGCCCUCCGUGUUAGACCCCCUCACCCUCAGCAGGCAGGCCAAGCAGCGCGAGCUCGUCUACUCCCAGCUCUCGCCUCACUACCCGCUCUCCCCCCAGUACCACAACCUCAGCUACUGCUCCAGCCCCGACGAAGAUGAGGAGGAGGAAGGGCUCCUGUGCACCCCGACCCUGGGCUUGUGGGAGAGGUUCAAACUGCACCGCAAGAGGCACCGGCAGGCGUCCAUGGAGGACGAGGGAUACGUGGCAGCGGGACAUGCGCUCAGGCGGAAGGUUCAGUUUGCCAAGGAUGAGGAUCUUCAUGACAUACUGGACUACUGGAAGGGCGUGUCCGCCCAGCAGAAGGCCUGAUCCCCCCCCCCCCCCCCCCCCGCCUCUGGAUACCCCAAACACUUGGAAGAUGGAGACAUAACACUGCACCCAUAACAUGAUGAUGCAGAUGCGCAGACUGAUACAACAAAGACCUGUAAAUACACACAAACACAAACAACUUACAGGACCUACAGAAUCAAACUACACACACACACAACACUGGCUCACACUUUACACACACUAAGCCUUUUCAUCUGAGAACAUGAAGGACCAAACUAAAAAUAUUAUACUGAAUGAAAAAUCAUAAUUUAUGAGAGAGAGUUACUUUUUGUAAUGUAAUGAAAACUAUAGCUCAGACCGAUGUAGCUCAUUUCUACUAAGUUUAGAUCGAAGAAAAAAAAGUAAAAAAAAAGAAUCAAUUAAGAACAGAAAGGAACGAUUUCCUCAACAAUCCUCCCUGCGUCCGCCUGUCGCUCUCCAUCAUGCGCUGCCAGGGAGCUCGUCUUUGCGCUACGACAGCGGAAUCAGACGUUUUGAAAGGAUUCGCCGCGAUUUGCGAUGGAAACACUCGACUGGGCUGAGAUCAGUCGGCAGCUCUCAACCAGGGAGUGAGUACAAUGUGCCAAAUCAACCAAGCGGAGAGUCGAGCCCGACUGUGAACCAACGUCUCCUCACCACUGUUUUUAUAGAGUGAAUUUAAAAAAAAACCUUGAACGAUAUGUUGUUAUUAUUACUAUUAAUUAUUCUUAUUAUCAUUACUGGUCUUAUUAUUAUUCCUAUGAUCCUCGUCAUUAAUAUUCUCUUGUUUGGAUAUGGCAUGGCUCCGUCAUGUGACUGUGUUUUGACUGUUCGGGACGUCUCAGCUGAGGAGACAGAGUUUGACGGACGAGACCCUUUUCUUCUUUUUCUACUGAGAGGAAUGUGCUCGCCGCCGAGCCGCCGACAAACCGGUCUUUUCUCUUGGCGACCCCCCCCGCGACACCUGCUCCUCAUCCUCCUACAGAGGGAACGCUGUACAGAUGAGCGAGAGAAGUUUCUAUAUUUGCAACAGAGGUGACUGUUUCGUUUGUACAACGUGGUUUUGAAAUCUUUCAGACUUUUCAGGAAAAACCAGAAUCUCAAGUUAGUCACCUACCUGCUCACCUACAACGGUACGUUUUGGGAUUUUGAAAAAAUGGAACUACAAAUUCUAAUCUCUAAAUGAAUGUCUACAAUUCCUGCCCGGGGAUAAAACACAUCUGCACUGUUCAAAAUCAAAAAACGACUCUUAGGAAAAAGACCGACAACUCUCAGCUUCAUUCCCGAUACACUGUAGCUCCACUGUGUUUUAUCAGCGAUUCAUUUCUUUCUUUCUCUCCCAGGUCUUUUUGCUUUUUGUUUGCUGGAUUCCUCAGGAUCCACUGUGGUGCCAACGUGAUAACUCACACAGGAGUAUUUUGAAAUGAUUUCAAAAUACUACUAUCUACACACACAUCUCUUCUCCUUCGCAUCGACACACACAAGUUUUGCCAAACAGAACGAGAAUUUGCACAAAAACGAUCCAUUGGCUCCAUCGGUUCCCCGCCUCCCUUCUCUCCUCCAAUCAUUUCUAAGACCAAAGUACUGUGGUAGUAAAUUGACCCUCGUAGCCCCCCCAACCCGGCCCCAGCUGUUUAUCAACCCGUCACCCAUACAGAUGCUACUUCAGCACAUGUAUACACAAACAUCCAAGUGUACUUGUGUGCACACACAACCACAAACCACACACACAGAUGAAUGUAUUCUCUGAGAAAUUAACACUGUUCAGCAGCUGGUUUUUUCCUGUUCCUGAUAUAUGGGCUGUAUUCAAAGUGUCUUCAUCUGUCUGGCAGAAAAAAAAACCUUCAUCAGAGCCGGGGAUGAAUACGGAUUUCCUCGCACCGGUUCGUUGAAGCCCCCCCCCCCCCAACAAAAAAAUUGCCACUGCUUUCAGUUAUUGAAGCGAUAGAGAAACGGGGGGGGGGGGGGGGGGUUCUGCCUUAUCAAAGGUUUUCAGCUGAUAGAAGAAAUGUGAUAGUGCUGUGAUUAGUAUCGCCUGUGUGGUGGAAAAAAAAGAAGAGACUACUUGUAUAUCCUGCAAUAUCUGCAGGAUCGAAACACUGGAGGCUGGAAAUGUGACAGCAACAAAUACUGUGUGUACUUUACAGGACUGUGCUACGAGGACCAGGAGGACGAGGGAUGGAGUCAGGAGCAUUUCAAUUCAGCAGAUUUUGAAUUUUUACGAGCUUUGCUGUGAUACAAGCGCUCGACGGACUGAACUGCAACCCCCCCCCCCUGCUUCCUGAAUUGAAAACAGAAUUGACUCCAGCCCCUGAAACGACACGGACAGCUAAACACACACACACACACAAUAGACACAACCGAGCUGGGAAACGAUGACAGGUUUAUUGGUGAAUGGAAACACUGUAUAAAAUAAUUUCUUCUCUGCUAUAACGAGUUCCAGGAAUGCUCAAGUUAUUUAGCCCCGGUUAAAGCCACGAUCGUGGGCGGGUGAAAUCACCACAGCCGUUUUUUUGGUGGCUCUGCAAAAAAGCACAUUUGUUUUGUGUGGCUAGAUAAUUAUUUUGUCCUCCUCUCACGGCAGCGGCCACGACACGGCUCCUCCGCUUCUGCAGCGAAACCCCUCGGAUCCUGGAGGACGCUCACGAGCUGUGGUUGUUUUCACGCCCCCCCCCCUCAGAUUGUGGCUUUAACCAAAACAACAGCCUUAAAAAACGUUUCGAUUUCCGUUGAAUAUUUUUAACUUUAGCAUUGCUUUGAAAAUCGAAAAAAAAAACUUGUUUCUUAACUUAUACUUUCCUGACUGCAAUUUUGUAAUUGCUUGAUUCUUAAGCUUCACUUGAGCAUUCUUUGAGUAACAGUAAUAUCAAUGUAGCGAUGUAUUAAACUGUUUUUUUGUUUUUUUUCUCCCCCCCCUCCUCUGUUCUGUUUAUGAACAAUAAUUGCCUGAAUUGAUCACGUGUCAGAGAGCAGCAGAGCUCGUCCAGGACCCGGCGGCGACCCCGUGACCCCGAACCAGCGACGCUGCUCCCUGAAGCGUGAUGAGGAGAAACUGUGUUUUUGAAACAACAAUGCCUAGAAAGUGGAAAUAAAUAGAGGUCCCUCUGACAACAGACAGACAAUGGAGCAUGCUGCAAGGAUGGGAGUUUGUGUAAUAUUCUUCUGGUGAAUGACUCAGGAGGGAGCGAGCACGAGGGGGGAGGGGGUGUGAGAGAGAAAGCUCUGCCAUAGGAUCUCUCAGAGGCUUUUUCUUUAUUUUCCUUGUCAAAAAAUUUAAAUGAGCACAAUAAAAUAGCCUUUCUUUCACCGGCUCCUUUCCUGGAGAGAUCACACACGCUUCAGACACACUCAGGACUUCCAUUCCACAUCUCCACGACAGCUGACUGCUCGAGUAAGUCAUGGAUGUGUUGUGGGAACAGCUCUCAAAGAUGGCCCCCGAAUGAAAAACUGCUCACCUGGCGCAUGAGACAAAAUGAUUUCUUGCUUCCGGGUUUUUCGGCCCAGCUGCACAUCAGUACUUUAACCCUGGGAAUGGAAGAAAACUCCCAUUUCCAAGCUUUACAAAAGUUUCAGAAAUAUUAACCCUCCAUGGUUUGACACUUCAUAAUAUAGGGAGUAAAAAGGUAGGUGACACAAGUGUAAGCAGCUCUCGUAAUACAACCAUGGAAUAUAUAUAUCACUUUAUUAAAAUCUGAAAUUACUUCCA